AUGUCAGGAGACAAGUCAGGAAACAGGGAGUUCGUCGGCCAUGACGUUGGUGACAUCAUCGAAGUCGAAGUCAAGGACAAGGUUCAGCAUCUCGCGACUCUCUAUGAUAUUGGGACAGAUUUGUACAUUGGGAUUGAUAGAAAGGCUGGUCUUUCUGGCUACACCGAACCACAGGUGCUCCAGUUGUCCAGUGAUGACGGCGAGAAAUUUGAGAUCCAUAAGCAGAAUAUCAACAGCGUGUGGAUUCUCAAAGACAACUCAAACUGGUCCUGGAUCGUUACUGAGGCACCUCCCGAUUCGGACACGAAAUACUGGGAGUUCCAAAGGGUGUAA